AUGGACAACUCGGAAUCCGUGAGGGUCGCCGUUAAUAUUCGACCGUUGAUUACUACCGAGCUUCUCAAUGGAGUACGGAUUGCAUCACCGUGGUUCCCGGAGAACUCAGCUGGCUCGCCGUCUUCAAUUUAUGAUGAUUGCGUUGCUCCUCUAGUUGAUGCACUUUUUCAUGUUAUAAUGCUACUGUCUUGCAUAUGGUCAGACGGUUCCGGUAAAACAUAUACUAUGGGAACCAACUACACAGCAGACGGAAGUAAUGCUGGGAUUAUACCUAAAGUUAUGGAAGCCAUAUUAAAAGAGCUGAAAUAUUUAAGGAAGAAGUGUUUGACUUACUUGACUCAAAUCCAGCGGCUUCAGCGAAAGUUGAAGGGUGUCUCUUGCGAAGCACAGCUCCAGGAAGGCUACCUAUUCAGAUUAGGGAAACAUGAAUGGAUAACACGGCUGGUGACUGAGGCAGAAGUCCGGACAAAAGAAGAUGGCAUCUUACUUGUCACGAGUCGCUCACAUGCCAUAUUUACAAUAACCAUGGAGCAAAAGAAGAUUGCUAGCUGCUCAAAUGAGAUGAUGAUAUUGGUGAUGAUAUCUUAUGUGCAAAGCUUCAUUGAGUGGACCUUGCUGGCUCAGACGUGCAAAGAGAACAGCUUUACUUCACAAAGAAGUUCUACAUUUUCUGAUGGAAAUUUGAAUUCUCAGGAUUCCCUUGGAGGAAACAGUAAAACGAUGAUGAUUGCUUGUGUUAGUCCGGCUGACACCAAUGCUGAGGAAACUCUCAACACAUUGAAGUAUGCUAAUCGAGCUCGAAACAUUCAGAACAAGGCAGUUAUAAACCGUGACCCAACGGCAGUUCAAUUGCAGAGAAUGAGAAGCCAAAUUGAACAAUUGCAAGCUGAGCUUUUGUUUUAUCGUGGUGAUGGCAAUGCAUCAUUGAUGAACUUCAGAUUCUCAAGCACAAAGUUUCUUUACUUGAAGCAAGCAACACAGAGCUACAACGAGAGCUUCAAGAGCGUAGACUCUAGUGAACAAUUAGCUCAACGUGCACUUGAUGCUCAGUUUUUCUCCAUUCAUUUUUAUGAGAUUGAGGAUAAUGAGAAGGAGCUAGAACAUUCAUCUCUCCAAGAAAAGUUGGACAUGGAACUUAAGGAGUUGGACAAAAGACUUGAACAGAAAGAGGCUGAAAUGAAGUGUUUUACGAGUUCUGACACCUCAGUUCUUAAACAACAUUAUGAGAAGAAAGUUAAUGAGUGGAAAAAGAAAAAGAAUUCUGCAGUUAAAGGAGGAAUACUUCAGAAGCUGAAUGUCCUUGAGGCACAGGUUGUGGAGUUGAAGAAGAAGCAAGACGCUCAAGCUCAACUUUUGAGACAAAAACAAAAAGUGAUGAAGCAGCAAAGACUUCAGAUGAUUCUGAGAAUCAAAUCUCAGAAGGUUCAACUGCAACAUAAGAUCAAGCAAGAAUCUGAGCAGUUUAGGUUAUGGAAAGCAUCACGAGAAAGAGGUUCUUCAGGUUGCAAAGAAAGACUGAAGGCUGCUAUGGCUACAAAAAGGCUAAAGGAGCUUCUAGAAUCUAGAAAGACUUCCUCACGUGAGGCUUCCAGUUUGGAGAAUUUCUGUGUGCAUGCACUGGAAAUGGCAUUGGUCUGGAAUUCAGGUAAUUGGCAAGCAGAUAGCUGCUUGUUUUGGAGUUGCUCAGACCUAUUAGUUUCAGCAAUAACGCAGACAAUUGAGCAUGAACUUGAGGUCACAGUACGGGUUCAUGAAGUACGUUCUGAAUAUGAAGACAAAUGGAAGAAGGGCCAGAUGGCAAAGGAGGUUGCAAGACUGAAGGAAGGGCUGAGAUACUUAGACACCGUAUUAAGAGAUUGUCCUGAGACAAUGUCUCCUGGUGCACGAAACUCGAGGAUUUCGCUCUCGAAAACAUGCUUGCUUCUACUUCUAGUACUCUGGUUGCCAUGGCCUCACAACUAUCUGAAGCUGAAGAGCGUGAACGCAUUUUUAGUGGAAGGGGACGUUGGAACCAAAUUCGGUCUUGCUGAUGCAAAAAAUAUUAUGAACUAUCUAUUCAAUUUAGCAUCAUCCUCAAGGUGCUCAUUGCGAGAUAAGGAAGUAGUUGCAGAGAAAAGGAUGCAGAAUAAGGAUCUGAAGGAAAGGUGGUGA